GAUCUCAAUUCUCAACACUCCGAAUUAAUUAACUUCUCUCUCUACUCUCUUCCUCCUCCUUCAAUCUCAAAGUCUCAGACCUCGUUCCAAAUCGAACUAACCUCAGCUUCACACAAAAAAUAAAAAAUCACUGUCUUAACUAUCUCAUUAACUAACUAACUAACCCACCCCUUGACUUGAUGCAGACAAGUUCCAACAGCAACAACAACUUUCGGUCCGGCAUGGACUUGUUCCACCGAGCGAAGGCGGUCCGCCUCCGGAGCCACCACGACAAGUACCUGCACGCGGAGGAAGACGAGGAGUCAGUGACCCAAGACCGAAACGGAUCCUCCAAGAACGCGAAAUGGAGCGUGGAGCACGUGCCGGAAUACGACAACAUCGUACGACUCAAGAGCUGCUACGGCAAGUACCUCACGGCGUCGAACCAGCCCUUGUUGCUUGGCGUGACGGGGCGCAAGGUGGUUCAGAGUGUUCCGAGGAGGCUCGAUUCCUCUGUGGAGUGGGAACCCAUUAGGGAUGGUACUCAGGUCAAGCUCAAGACUCGCUAUGGUAACUUUUUGAGAGCCAAUGGGGGCUUGCCACCUUGGAGGAACUCUGUUACCCAUGAUAUUCCCCAUAGGACCGCCACACAGGAUUGGAUCUUGUGGGAUGUUGAUGUUUUGGAGAUCCAUGUUGAGCCUCCUGCUGCUCCACCUGUUCCUCAUUCUGAUUCUCUUGACUUUGAAUCCACCACCCCAUCUGCUGUUUCCAGCAAAGCUUCCACCUUUUCGAGGCAGGAGUCAACGGAUUCGAAUGUGGGGUCACCACCGAAGAUGGAGGGAAGAACUAUAUACUAUCAUGUUGCUGAGGAUAAUGGGGAUGUGGAUGAUGAGAAUGUGCAGGGUUAUUCUUUGAACUUCAAAGGGAAUGGGGUUGAGCAGUUGACUCGUAAGUUUGAGGAAGAGACAGGGCUUGAGGGGGUUAUUGUGUGCACUCGAAGUCCUUUGAAUGGAAAACUUUAUCCUCUUCGCCUGCAGCUUCCUCCCAACAAUGUGACGAUGCAGGUCGUUUUGGUUCUUUCCUCGUCAAAAGUGGCAAGAGAAUUUGAGGAACAAGGUUUACUGUGAGAAUCUAGAUUAUUGGAGUCUUGAAUCUAUUCAAACGAAAGGCCUAUGUACAUAAUGAUCCAAGCGUGUUUCAAGUUGUGUGAUAUCAUUUAAGAAUAAGUUGCAAAACUCCACCUUGCUCAAGUGAAGCCAGUGCAUUUAUAUAAGGAAGAAUUCAUCAAGGUUCAACAUAGGUACCUUAAAGUUGCCCUGGUCAGGGUCAUAUCAGCAAUGUACGUUCUUCAGUGGCUUGUAGACUAUUCGGAUGGUAGUCUUUGUUAGGCUUCCUUUUUGUUAGCGCUAGUUUUGAACAUAGCGUUUGUUACUCAUGUGGAUUCAGGUGUUUUGUUGUUCUUUUCUCUCUUGGUAACGUUUUGUAUUUCAUGCUAUUUUAUAGGUGUAAGAAUUGUAUACAUAUAACUUUUAUUAUAAAACUA